CAGCAGUAGCUCUAGUGGUUGUUUGCAUUACGAUUAGCAGGUCGUGAUCUCAGCUUCGUGUCUGUGCUUCACAGCGGCAGCUACUUACCCGCAGUAAAGCUGCGACGGAAUUUGUGUGGGCGGGGCUGAGUGACGUCACGCAGGGUCCUUGAGGAACACGACCAGUGCCUCCAUGCUUGCAGACUUGAGUUGACUUCAUAUUCAUCCGACAGACAAGGACCAAACAAAACGCAAGACGGUUAUGCGGUUCUAUCCCAAAAACCGGGCCUGUCAUACCUCAGAAAAAUUGUACGGGUAUUGCCAGAGUUGAAAUUGACCUCAUACCUUAUUUACAGCAGAUACCAUUCAGUAAAUUACUCAAAACUGUUGUGUGCAAGCUGAUAGUUCUGUAUUUACAGUGUAGGAGGUUUCCAUUAUAGACAGUCUUCACCAGAGCACAAGAAAAGCCGCUGUGUUUGUAUUAAUGGAAGAGGCGAGAGUGAGACGCGUCUCUGAAAUGAAAGAAGAGAUGGAUAUCUGCGCAUCCUCCGCGUCUCUCCUUGAGGAAGAACUCGCCUCUGCUAUCGAGCCUGCAGUGAAAGCGGCUGUGCUGAGCGUCAUGUCUGCGUUAGCAAAGUUCGUGGACAGUAAAUGUGCAGUUUUCAAUCUCAGACUGGACGAAAGAGACCAAAAAUUUGAAAGCGUGAGAUUGCGAUUGGAAAUAGCGGAGAGCGAGUUGAAAGCAAUGCGGGACGGAGAAUACACGAACACUGGCGAUAAGAACUUCACCCAAUCUCUCACAAACACCAAUGAACAAUACUGCGGGGUUGACAUGGAUGUCCUUCAUGUCCCCGAGCUGCAGCAGGAAGAGCACAGAUUGGUCCACACGAGGACAGCGGAAUGGAGACACACAGUGGAAGGUCCUGCAGAGAGAAAUGCUCUCCCUCAUGCUGAGGAAGGGUCGAAGACAGAAUCAGUUCCCAUUCAAGAUGAGCUCUUUGACCAGGAAUGGUGCAGGAGUCCAGAGCAGGCUACAGAGCUGACAUCUAUUGAAGGGGAGGAGGAGAAACCUGCACUAGAUCCUGUCCACAUUAAUGAAGAGAUCCCUGGAAUUGAACCGGUCAUCAUUAAAGAGGAGGUUCUUGAACUUGAAUCUGACCCCAUUGAAGAGGGGUGUUCUGACCACUUUGAAAGACUGCAGCAAAUUCACACAGGAGAGAAACUGCAUCUGUCUCUUGUAUAUGGGAAGAGUCUCUGUACAUCAACAGAGCUGAAAAGACACCACCGAAUUCACACAGGAGAGAAGCCGUAUUCCUGCACUCAGUGUGGGAAGAGUUUCAAACAGCUGCAACAUCUUAAAUCACACCAGAUAAUUCACCAUCGAAAGAAACUGUUUCACUGUAGUGGAUGUGAGAAGAGUUUCACUCAGUUAGAAACCCUGACAUUGCAUCAGCGAAUGCACACAGGAGGGAAGCUGUAUCACUGCACUGACUGCGCAAAGGAUUUCAAUACAGCAGGAGAGCUCAAAAUACACCAGAGAUCUCACACAGGAGAGAAACCGUAUCACUGCACUGAGUGUGAGAAGCGUUUCAAACAAGCGUCACAGCUAAAAGCCCACCAGCGUAUUCACACAGGAGAGAAACCGUAUAGCUGUGAUUACUGUGGGAAGAGAUUCACUCUGUCUACAGACCUAAAAAGACACCAGCGAAUUCAUACAGGAGAGAAACCUUAUAGCUGCACCGAGUGUGAGAAAAGUUUCAAUCAAAUAUCCCACCUUAAAGCCCACCAGCGAGUCCACACAGGAGAGAAGCCGUAUAGCUGUGAUCACUGUGGGAAGAGAUUCACUCAAGCAGGAAGUCUGACGUCACACCUUCGAGUUCACACAGGGGAGCAGUCGACUCACUGCGCUCAAUAAGAGAGAUUUUAUUUUCCUCUCAGUUGUAAAAGCACACAGUAUCCAGACACUUCACUAGGAACAGUUGCACUGUGUCUCCAUCACAAGAUGACUCAGUCUAGUGGAAGUGGAGAGUAUAUAAGACCCUGAGAUGCAAUUGGACUUUUUAGAGCAUAAGAAAGGAGGUUACAAACAAGAGAAGGCCAUUCGGCCCAUCUUGCUCGUUUGGUUGUUAGUAGCUUAUUGAUCCCAGAAUCUCAUCAAGCAGCUUCUUGAAGGAUCCCAGAAUGUCAGCUUCAACAACAUUACUGGGGAGUUGGUUCCAGACUCCCACAAUUGUCUGUGUAAAAAAAAGUGCCUCCUAUUUUCUGUUCUGAAUGCCCCUUUAUCUAAUCUCCAUUUGUGACCCCUGGUCCUUGUUUCUUUUUUCAGUUUGAAAAAGCCCCCUAGGUCAACAUUGUAAAUACCUUUUAGAAUUUAGAAUGCUUGGAUCAGAUCGUCGAGUAGUCUUCUUUAUCUGCAUAUGACAUGCCUUUUAAACCCGGGAUAAUUCUGGUUGCUCUUCUUUGCACUCUUUCUAGAGCAGCAAUAUCCUUUUUGUAGCGAGGUGACAAGAACUGAACACAAUAUUCUAGAUGAGGUCUUACUAAUGCAUUGUAAAGUUUUAACAUUAUUUCCCUUAAUUUAAAUUGAACACUUUUCACAAUAUAUCUGCGCAUUUUGUUAGCCUUUUUUAACAGCUUCCCCACAUUGUGUAGAUGAAGACAUUUCUGAGUCAGUGUCUCCCAUAAGGUAUUUAUAAUGGACAUUUAUAUUUCCUGCGUGCAGUACCUUAUACUUUUCUCUAUUAAAUGUCAUUUGCCAUGUGUCUGCCCAGUUCUGAAUGCUGUCUAGAUCAUUUUGAAUGACCUUUGCUGCUGCAACAGUGUUUGCCAAGCCUCCUAUUUUUGUGUCAUCUGCAAAUUUAACAAGUUUGCUUACUAUACCAGAAUCUAAAUCAUUAAUGUAGAUUAGGAAGAGUAGAGGACCUAAUACUGAUCCCUGUGGUACACCACUGGUUACCUGGUGCUGGGGCUUGCUCACUAAAUAUAUUGGUAUCCCUGAAUAGAUCAUUACUAGCAAUGGAGAAUGACUGUGUGGGACAAUUGUUCUUCAUUUUACCCCAAAACAUGUUUCUGUAAUGAUGACAGCCAAGAAUACCAUCUUGCAGAACUCCUUACAAUGAAGAAAUUGUUCUGUCAUUGUUGUAUAAUGUAUUUAAAUACAGAUAUUGCAAACACCUGGAUUAUUUAGUCAUAGAUUCAAACAUAUGUACCAAGUAAACUUCUGUAUGGCACUGUAUGACUCUUCAUAUUACAUAUAAUA